AUGACAAGCACAGCACCAGCACCAGCACAAGCUACCAAGCCAACAGGCACCACCCGGCCCGAGCAUCUAAUCAUCCGCCUCAUGACCCCAGCCGACACCCAAGAAGUCGCCCUCCUCUUCGAAAAGACCUUCCGUCGCGAACCCCUCGGUGAAUACCACGGCGUCGAGCCCGGCGAAGGCACCUCCGUCGCCCAAGCCUCCGUCCAAGACCCCGUCUCCUUCGUCGCCGAAGAUACCACCCUCCCCGGACCUUCCCGCCUUGUCGCCUUCAGGACCAGUUGCAUCUCUACCGCGGAAGGGUUGCAGGCUAAGAAGGACAGGAUUGCAAAGGAAGGACAUGGCGAUGCGAUCCAGGCGAUUCUUAACCGGGUGUCAGAUCUCUGGCUCGCAAAAUCGACUGUGUUUGAGAAGAACCCAAAGGCCAAGGUGAUGAAGUUUAUGGCGUUGGGGGUGGAUACAGGAUAUGAGGGUAAAGGUUUGGCAAAGGAUCUGUUGAAGGUUUCGAUGGAGAAGGCGGUGGAAGUUGGAUGUGAAGCGGUGACGGUUGUUGCGAGUGCGUUUGCGACACAGCAUUUGUUUGGGAAUCGGUUGGGGUUUGAGUUGAUGGGGCGGAUUAGGUAUUCAGAGUUCACUUGGAUUAACGAGAAGACGGGUAAGGAGGAGAGGCCUUUUGAGAACUUGGUCAACCCAGAGUUCUUGGAGGUCUAUGAGAAGAAGCUCGUCUAA